UGUUGGAAAACAUGGAUCGUCUGUAAAUCUCUUGGUCUCUCUGUCUCAGUCUCUCUCUCUAUCUGUCUCUGGCCUGUACAGGAAGUGAAAGACCUCCGAGGAGACGUGCAGGAUGUCUGAGGCCUUCACGCCUCGCACCAGAGGAGCCAGAGGAGCUGAGGAGAUCCUGGAUGAGAUCUACUCCGAUCUGCUCGAGUGCAAAGUGUGUUUUGAGACGUUUUCGUCCGAACCGAGAGCUCGAAGACCACGCAACCUGCCCUGCGGUCACGUGAUCUGUCUGGGGUGCGUCUGUGCCCUGUCUCACGCCGUGUCACACCGUCUGGAGUGCCCUUUCUGCAGGAAGCAAUGCGAUCAAGGUGGCACCUACGAAUGCCAGGUCCUCGUUGACCUUCAGGAUAUGAUCUGUUCGUAUUUCCCCAAAAAAAAGCCCCGGGAUCGGGAGGGAGAUCUGGGGUCAGGGGUCAUGCGCCUACAUGGCAUCUUCGGAGGAUGGGGUCCACUCAUCAACCCAACUGGUGUGGCUGUGUCCAGAACGACACAGGAUGUCCUGGUGGUACAUGGAGGGCACGAGAGAGUGAGCGUGUUCGGUUGUCGUGGUCAGUUCUUGCGUAGUUUCGGGCGCUACGGUCACGACAGCUUUCAAAUCUGCCAUCCGUUAGAUGUUGCUGUUACUCCCGGCGGCCAUGUUGUCGUGACGGAUGCAGGAGAUCGUUCGGUCAAGGUGUUCUCAUUGACAGGAAGUCCUGUGGCCACCGUCUCAGACCUGUUUCAGCUGCCUUGGGGUGUUGACGUGGACCUCUCGGGGAACAUCCUAGUGACGGACGCAGAAGCCGGGACACUUUGGCAGGUCGUCAUGGACUUCGAACGUGGCGUGGUUUUGGUAAAGAAGCUGAUGCUGGAAGAUCUAAAGACUCCACGAGCUGUCGCUUGCUGUAGAGCGUCUGGACGCGUCGUAGUGGUGGAACAUCUCCAGACUGGGGAACGUCCCAAGGAAGACGCCACGAUGACGCGGUUGAAGGUGUUCAGCAGCGAUUUCGUCCUCCUCGGGCAGCUGGACGGUUUCAGUCCGCACCUGCCGGGGCUGAGCGUCUCGUCCAUAACUUUUAACAGAAACGGCGAGUUAAUCGUAGCUGAUGUGCAGCAGGGAAGCGUGUGGAGUCUGGGAGACGUCCACAAAGCACCAGAGUUAAUUCCACUCGUUAGAGAAGGGCUGGUGCGUCCGGCGGGAUUAGUGGCGACCGACGAGGACACGCUGAUCGUCCUGGAUGCCGGAGAUCACACCGUCAAGACGUACACGACCGACCCCGAGGACUUAUACGGCGAUAAAACGUGAAAAAUCGUAACCGUGAUGUCAGAAGGUUGUAUGUACAUGAGAUCGCUGGUCAUCUCAGAUCAAAUUCAGCAUCGGAAAAUCCCCAGAAUAAUUACAGUGUCCAUUUGUAAUCUUGUUACAAAUUUUUCAAAGA